AUGGUGAAAACUUUUACUGGAACAAGAGGAGGACGGAAAAAAAUUCCUGUUCGAAGGCAGAAUGAGAUCCAAUCUGAGAUGGUUUCAAAUGCAACAGAAGAUGAAAGGCCACGAGAUGCAGAAUCAAAUGUCCCUGAAGAAACAAACAGAGUUGGCGAAGCAGAAGAAGAAAGAAUCACAAAUAUGACAGAAAAUUGUGAAGAAGAGAGGUCCCGUGAAAAAGCAACUGAAGCUGAAAGAGAAGAUAUUGGGAAUGAAGAAGAACCUGUAGAGUCAAGUGAUGAUUCAUCAGUUGAUGGAGAUGAUUGUGAAGUCAUUGUUGAAGAUAGAGCUGGAUACCAAGAAACUGAGCCAUCUUUGAGGAUGAACGAUGAUGGUGAUUUUUUUGAAGUAGAAGUUUGUGAGGAAGCCCAUUUUGUGGAAGCUGGUUGUGAGGAUGCAAAUGCAAAUGCAGAUGACGAUUCUGAUGACAUCGGCCAUGAUAUGUGGGAUGAUGAUCACAUUCCAGAUCCGCCUUCAGAUGAUGAUUGCGAACAGGAAGAGCAUGUCCAGCGAUUCAACUAUGGUCCUGAAGAGCUGUUAGCGUUAGGGAAAACAUUCAAUAACGCAGAGGAAUUCAAACUUGCAGUCCUCAAGUAUUCUUUGACGACACAAUACGAUAUUGUGUUUUACAAAUCAUCGGUGGAUAGGCUUGGUGCGAGGUGUACACAACACAUUGAAGAAAAGUGUCAAUGGAGAGUGUAUUGCUCAUUUGAGAGAGGCAGAAACAAGUUGCUGGUAAAAGUCUUCAACAACAAUCACAUCUGUGUGAGAUCAGGUUACACAAAGCUUCUGAAAAGUGGAGCAAUCGCACUGCUUUGGGAGGAAAGACUUCGGCUUAAUUCUAAAAUCAAAUCGCAAGAUAUGGUUGACGAGAUUAAACGAGAGCACAAUAUGAUUGUUACUUACAGUCAGUGUCGAAGAGCAAAGUAUCUUCUCUCAAGGAAAAGAAAGGCGUGUCACGAAGCUCAUUUUGCUAGGAUAUGGGACUAUCAAGAAGAGGUACUUGAAUCUAAUCCUGGAUCGACUAUGGAGAUUGAAACAAUUCCUGGACCAGUCCCUGGAGGCAAGCAACGAUUCUACCGUCUUUAUGUUUGCUUUGAAGCAUUGAAAUCGGCUUGGAAGCAGUCAUGUAGACCCAUAAUUGGAUUAGAUGCUGCAUUUAUGAAAUGGGAUGUCAAAGGCCAAAUGUUAGCUGCAGUUGGUAGAGAUGGGGAUAAUAGAAUCUUUCCUAUUGCUUGGGCAGUGGUGGAUGUGGAGGAUAAUCCGAAUUGGUUGUGGUUUAUGCAACUUUUAAAAAGGGAUUUGGGACUUGAAGAUGGAGCUAACAUUACUAUCAUCUCUGACAAACAUAAUGGAAUUUUAGCUGCUGUUCAUGAGGAGCUUCCAAAAGCAGAACAUAGAAUGUGUGCAAGACACAUUCUUGAAAAUUGGAAGAAGACUAACAAAGACAUUGAGCUUGAGCGUAAGUUUUGGAAGAUAGCACGAAGUUAUACAAUAGAAGCCUUUCAGAGUAACUUAGAAGCAUUGAAGGAAUACAACCAAGGUGCAUAUGAUUCAUUGCAAUGCACACAACCAACAACAUGGUCUCGGCCUUUCUUCAAACUCGGGUCUUAUUGCAAUGAUAACCUCAACAACCUGUCAGAGUCUUUUAACAGAAGCGUUAGAGAGGCAAGAAGAAAACCUUUGCUUGAUUUUUUAACAGAUGUGAGGAGGCAAUGCAUGGUGAGAAACGCAAAGAGAAAUCUUAUAACUCAUAGAUGGAAGAAAAGGUUUACACCAAGAGCAGACAAAGAGAUUGAGCUAAAUAGGCAGAAAGCUAAAGACUGCAAGCGGUACAUGAGCACAUGA